CUCAAAUCAUGCCUUCCUCGCUGCAAUCUCAUGUCGAUCUCCCUCUAAUCGACAUUUCACAAUUUCCGUCCGACUUUCAUUGCGAAGACUUAAAUUGCCUUAAAAACAACCCUGUCUUAGUGGUGGUGAGAGAAGCCUGCAAAGAAUGGGGAUUUUUCUACAUCGGAAACCACGGAAUUCCAAUUGAUUUUCUUUAACAAGUGGAGUUCCAGAGCCGUCAACUAUGUUCUGUGCCAGCAGAAGCCAAAGAAAAAACCCUCACUUGUGAUCCAGCAACGGGCUAUCAUCGCAAUCCCAAGACACAGAUCUUCACCAUGUUAAAUUUAACAGAAUCUGAUUCGAUUCAGGAAUUGAGCAACAAGAUAUGGCCACAGGAGGGAAGAUCAACGAUUUUCAGCGAGAUCUUCCGAAAAUACUCUUUGCUUAUGGCAGAGCUCGCACGCAAGGUCUGCAAAAUAAUUCUUGCCAGUCUUGGCUUGGAUGUGGAGAAUUUCUAUCAUUUUCAUUUUGAAAAAUACACAGCUAUCAUGCGAAUAAUUCACUACCUUUCUGAUGCCAAAUCUGUGGAGGAGGAGCUGCUAUUACCUCAUACAGAUAUUGGUUCCUUUACAAUUCUCUACCAGGGUAAUGAAGGGGGGCUUCAGAUGCGAUCCAAGGAAGGGGAAUGGCUGAAUGUGAAGCCGAUCCCGAAUUCAUUUGUUGUCAAUUUGGGAGAUUCAAUGAAGGGCAUUUGUAAAAGGAAAACCGUGCAGUGAUGGCAGGGUAGUGGAGGAUUGGAGUCGGUGUUGGCUACUGACAUAUAAAUUCCCUCUUCAUGCUAAGGAAAUAUGACAGGUCUCAAAAUCUUCUUCUCCAAGUCUGCAAUAGGUUGUUCGAGAUAGGAUAGUGAGGAGGUGGAAUAUGGAGCUGGGCAGUGACAAUGAAGGGUGCCAAAAUAUCUAGUGGUAGUAUAAUGCAUCUUAUAAAUUUUAAAUAUACAAAGUGAGUUUUAGUUAUUUGUUGGUGGGAAGAUUGAACCAAUUUUUGCAGGAUUCUGGAUGUCUUCUUAACAAUUAUGGAGUAAGUUGAGGGAUGCCUUGACUGUUUCUUUUCUAGAUGACUCAUUUGUAGAUAGUAGUAAACAUUUUACUCUGGAAUGGGGGAUGAGAGUUAGGGUAUAACUUGUAAUAAGUGAUUUUCCAUUGUUUCAAUUAUUUUUUAUGUUUGACAAACAUUAUGCGACCUCCCCUGUGCAUAAAAUAUGGUGGUGUUUGUUUGUGAUUUUCUUAACAUAUCAUAUUGCCUUCAAGAAGCACCAUCUGGAUUCCUUCCGACUGUUGUCAUUCAGGGUUGGAUUUAUUUUUGAAGUUGUGUAACAUAAGAGGAGUUUGGCAUGGGGUUUUAUUUGUGGUUUCUUUGGUAUAAGGAGGGAUUUGCCAUCAUAUUCCUCUCAGGGGAGUUUGGACAAAGAAUCCAACACUCAAAAUAUAUUCUUGUUAUCAUGUGAUGUGUGGUUGUGAGGGGCAACAACAUACAUGUUUGUAUAAAGCAUGUGGAUUCUUCAUGAAAUUGGUGGCAUAGGACUUGGAUUGGGGUCGUGGCUCUAUAUUGAACUGAUACGCUUAGAAUCUAUAUUUAAAAUACAAUGGGAUCUAUAUUGAACUGAGUAUUUUCAGUGUGGAGGAAGCCAUGUGGAUUGCUGGAGCUUUC